GCAUUAGCAUGCCCGAGGCGGGGCGAGCGGCAGGGGCGGGCUCGGGGCGGUUGGUUGGAGCGUCGUAGCAGCGGAGAGGUCCGGGAAAGUUUCUUUGGAGGUGGGGCCGGGAGCGGCCAUGUCCCACGGCUCCAAGCAGCCCGGUGCGGCCGCCGCGCCGGCGGGCGGCAAGGCUCCGGGACAGCACGGGGGCUUCGUGGUGGCUGUCAAGCAAGAGCGCGGCGAGGGCCCCCGGGCCGGCGAGAAGGGGUCCCACGAAGAGGAGCCGGUGAAGAAGCGCGGGUGGCCCAAGGGCAAGAAGCGAAAGAAGAUACUGCCGAAUGGGCCCAAGGCACCAGUCACCGGCUACGUGCGCUUCCUGAACGAGCGGCGCGAGCAGAUCCGCACCCGCCACCCGGAUCUGCCCUUUCCCGAGAUCACCAAGAUGCUGGGUGCCGAGUGGAGCAAGCUGCAGCCUGCAGAGAAGCAGCGGUACCUGGAUGAGGCCGAGCGGGAGAAGCAGCAGUACAUGAAGGAGCUGCGCGCCUACCAGCAGUCAGAAGCCUACAAGAUGUGCACGGAGAAGCUUCAGGAAAAGAAGAUCAAGAAAGAAGACUCGGGCUCUGGGCUCAUGAAUACCCUCUUGAACGGACACAAGGGUGGGGACUGUGAUGGCUUCUCCACCUUCGACGUCCCCAUCUUCACUGAAGAGUUCUUGGACCAAAACAAAGCGCGGGAGGCAGAGCUGCGGCGCCUGCGCAAGAUGAACGUGGCCUUCGAGGAGCAGAACGCCGUGCUGCAGAGGCACACGCAGAGCAUGAGCAGCGCGCGCGAGCGCCUGGAGCAAGAGCUGGCGCUGGAGGAGCGGCGGACGCUGGCGCUGCAGCAGCAGCUCCAGGCCGUGCGCCAGGCGCUCACCGCCAGCUUCGCCUCGCUGCCUGUGCCGGGCACGGGCGAGACGCCCACUCUCGGCACCCUGGACUUCUACAUGGCUCGGCUGCACGGCGCCAUCGAGCGCGACCCCGCCCAGCACGAGAAGCUAAUCGUCCGCAUCAAGGAGAUCCUGGCCCAGGUCGCCAGCGAGCACCUAUGAGGGUAUCCGCCGCCCCAUGGAUCCAGAGAAGACCAAGCUCUGGUCACGGCCCCUUCUCCUCACCAUGGAGGAGGAUUGGGAGUCCACCUUUUGGGGCCGUGCCCAAUCCUGCACCUUGGGGGCUCCAGCCCCCCUCAAAUUAAACUUCUACAGCCUCCCUCUAGCUUUCAACUUCCCCAGCACCCCGAACCCAGAAAACCACCUGCUGUACGAGGCACAUCUAGAACCCAGAGCCCCGAGGUCCAGCAAGGCCUGCUCACCUUGCAUGUCACACUACAGGGACAUGGGGACACCACACACGGGCCGCGUAGCCCAGGACACGGGGGGGGCCCCACGGCAGCUUGCACAUCCAAUGUGGGGAGGGAUGUACCUACUAUACCGGGUCUUGAGGACCGAGCCCUGGGACACAGGAGAGAGACAAACCCACAGCUGACACACUGGGACUCCCAGCAGGUGCUCCCCACAAGCGCCCCCACGUGGGUGCGCAGCAGGGACAAGCCUAAACUCCAGGCGGGGCCCCCUGCCUGUCACCCCCAGAUUCCUGCACCCCAGCGCCGGGGAGGCUGGUACCGGCCAGCCCUCCCUCAUCCAGCUGAGGGGCCCAUGUGGAGGCAGCCUCUGCCUUUGCUCAAUCGGGACUUUUUAAAUAAAAAGUGGAAUUUGAAUUCCA